UCUUCCACUAUGUGCUGACUGUCUGUAUUUACAGAAGAUAUAUAAGAAAGACAAACUUUAUUUUGGAAAGGUUUUUUGAUUCCAGUGGAAUCUGUGCUUAAGCUCCCUACCCUUUGCUUUGCAAGCUCCUAUUUUCAAGUGGGACAACAUGCCUGUACAAGCUCCACAAUGGACCGACUUCCUGUCCUGCCCUAUUUGCACACAGACCUUCGACGAAACCAUCCGGAAGCCCAUCAGCUUGGGUUGUGGGCACACCGUCUGCAAGAUGUGCCUGAACAAGCUUCACCGCAAGGCUUGUCCGUUUGACCAGACCACCAUAAACACAGACAUUGAACUGCUGCCUGUCAACUCUGCCUUGCUGCAGCUGGUGGGAGCUCAGGUACCUGAGCAGCAGCCAAUCACUCUGUGCAGCGGGGCUGAAGACACCAAACACUAUGAGGAGGCCAGAAAGUGUGUGGAAGAGCUGGCACUUUACCUGAAGCCCCUCAGUACUGCGAGAGGUGUCGGUCUAAAUAGCACCACCCAAAGUGUGCUGAGCCGCCCCAUGCAGAGGAAGCUGGUGACUCUUGUUCAUUGCCAGCUGGUGGAAGAAGAGGGACGUAUUCGAGCAAUGCGAGCAGCUCGUUCACUGGGCGAAAGAACCGUCACCGAGCUUAUCCUGCAACAUCAGAACCCCCAGCAACUCUCCUCCAACCUGUGGGCAGCUGUUCGUGCCCGCGGCUGUCAAUUCCUCGGUCCAGCCAUGCAGGAAGAAGCCCUCAAGCUUGUCCUCCUGGCCCUGGAAGACGGAUCUGCUCUCUCCCGAAAGGUCCUGGUUUUGUUUGUGGUGCAAAGACUGGAACCGCGCUUUCCUCAAGCCUCGAAAACUAGCAUUGGGCAUGUUGUCCAGCUGUUGUACAGAGCCUCUUGCUUUAAGGUGACAAAGCGUGAUGAAGAUUCCUCCCUGAUGCAGUUAAAGGAGGAGUUUCGCACUUAUGAAGCACUGCGCCGAGAGCACGAUUCUCAGAUUGUGCAGAUUGCUAUGGAGGCUGGCCUGCGCAUCGCUCCUGAUCAAUGGUCCUCUCUUUUGUAUGGGGACCAGUCUCACAAAUCUCAUAUGCAAUCCAUAAUUGACAAGUUGCAGACCCCGGCCUCGUUUGCUCAGAGUGUCCAGGAACUGACCAUUGCUCUGCAGAGGACUGGAGACCCGGCCAAUCUUAACAGAUUACGUCCCCAUCUGGAGCUGCUGGCAAAUAUAGAUCCAAGCCCCGAUGCUCCGCCUCCAACAUGGGAGCAGCUAGAGAACGGUCUUGUGGCUGUGAAGACUGUUGUUCAUGGGCUGGUGGAUUACAUCCAGAACCACAGCAAGAAGGGGACUGAUCAGCAGCAGCCUCCACAGCAUAGCAAGUACAAGACCUAUAUGUGCAGGGACAUGAAACAGCGAGGAGGCUGCCCCCGAGGAGCUAGCUGCACCUUUGCUCAUUCCCAAGAAGAGUUGGAAAAGUUUAGAAAAAUGAACAAGCGAUUGGUUCCUCGACGCCCACUGAGUGCCUCUCUUGGUCAGCUGAAUGAGGUUGGGUUGCCCACUGGGGCCAUACACUCAGAUGAGGGUCCUAUGGAUCUACCUGGUCGGAAGCAAGCUGGCCUUCCCAAUGGCAUAGUGUCUGGAGGUUCUGUGACACAGCUCAUCUCCCGUGGGACAGACUCCGGCUACGAGUCUGUUUUGAAGCCGGUGAAACUGGAUCAUCUGAGCAACAGUGCCCCGGGCUCCCCUCCAGAGCUCCAUGACUCCGUGACAAAAACUUCCAUUGCCUCCUUACCUGUCAGCUCACAUCCACCUCCACAGCGCAUUUCUGGUGAUCUUCCCCCAUUGCCUGUUUCUAAACAAAUCCAGAUGGUACCACGAGGUUCCCAGAUUUAUGCUUCUCCCCAGACAGAUAUGUUUUAUCCUGACCCAAGGGGAGGAGGGCCUCCAUUUGAACCUGUAACCUAUCAGCCAAAUGUAUAUUACCCACCUCAGCCCGUGUCGCGCUUUGUCAGACCUCAGCCAUCUGCCCCCGAGUCCAACCCUACCUACCUCGACCAGUACCCAACCUAUUUACAAGACAGGGUUGUUAGCACACAGUACGGAACCCCGACACAACAAUAUUCCCCCAUGAACCAGCCCAUGUACCCUGCACAAUACGAUACUCGCCGUAUGUACGCUUCUGCUCCCCAGUCUUAUCAGAGAGAGGAAAUGGUUCGUGCCAGUCCUGUACCACUGGAAAUGCCACCCAAUGCUGGCUCUCCUUAUGUCCCAGAAGCCAGAGACCGUUACCAGCCUGUAGAGGGCUAUUACCCUGUCCCAACGCAUCCAGGACAGAUAAGACCACCCUAUCCCCGGGAAACCUACUGCCGUUUGACUCCCCAACUUCAAUCACAGCCUCACCCCAGCCUAGAUGAACUUCACCGCCGUCGAAAGGAGAUCAUGGCUCAACUAGAGGAGAGAAAAGUGAUCUCUCCCCCACCAUUUGCUCCUUCACCCACCCUGACGCACCCUUUCCAUCAAGAAGAGUACCUUGACGAGGAACUGAAAGUCUCUGGGAAGUACAAAGGGAAUGACUACAGCCAAUACUCGCCCUGGUCCUGUGACACAAUAGGUUCCUACAUUGGAACCAAAGACGCCAAACCCAAAGACGUUUCUGCUGGAGGCAGUGUUGAAGUAGCAAAUGUUGAUGGCAAAACCUUGAGGGAUCAGCGCCUUGAGCAGCAACGUAGAGCCACUGACGCAGGAGAGGAUGAUCUCAUUCCAUUUGGCGACCGGCCUACAGUAUCUCGUUUUGGAGCUAUUUCUCGCACCUCCAAAGCCUUGUACCAGCCAUCAUGCCCCAUGCAGGCAGCAAUGGCAAACCAAGGUGUGACGGCAAAAGCCAGCGUUUCUGAUUACAGUCUGUACAGCAGUCACACCAGCCUGGGAGGUGCUUCAUAUACACACCCUCAAACUCUUGCUUCUCAGGGACAUUUGAGCGAGAGAGAUCGGAUAGCAAAGCCUAUGCCCACAUCUGAGAAGCAGCUCAGGAUGGAGUUACAGCAGCUGAACCAGCAGAUCAGCCAGCAGACCCAGAUGAGAGGCAUGGAGCAGCAACAACAACAACAGCAGCAACAGCAGCAGCCACCCCCACCACCACCAGCUAAGUGGUCCAGCAUGUUGUCCAAUGAACAACUGAGUCUUGAGCUGCACCAGGUGGAGCGCGAGAUCGGGAAGAGAACACGUGAACUGAGUAUGGAGGGUCACUCUAUGGGUGUGAAGAGUAAACCAGAUGUCAUCAAGGUUGAAAAUGGGCAAAUAGAUCCACAGACCAAGGUUCUGUCGCAUGAACUCCCACUAAAAUUCAGCAGUGAGGUGCCAAAUGGAUCGAGCUUGGCCCAAGACAUCACCAUGCUUUCUGGAAAGACUGCUUCACUAACUCUUUCAGAAGAUCCCCAAGUCGGCGAUGACAAAACCGAGGCCCUGAGAACUGGUGUCAACUCUGCCACUGCUCCAUAAACAACAAUAAGGGCUUU